AUGCCAGAUGUGCCCAAAUUCGACCUUACCGAUAGAGGACAAGAAGAAACAGAAGAGAAACAUCCUGUCAGCACGGUUGAUUCGUCCAGCGAGGGGAACAUCAAAAACAAAAGCACUACUUCCGAACAUCUCACGACCAAAUAUCAAUCAAGUAAUCAUGAAUCCGAAUACUUCACGCAUAAAAACGAGCAUCAAACGAAUGAGUCCGAGGAUGACAMGAAUGAAAAAGAGGACACGAUUACGCACGAACACCAAAUGAAUGCAAAUGAACAUGACACAAUUACACCCGAGCUCCACGCAAAUGCAACCGAAGAUUGCGGCGAGGAAAGAAAGAACUCUGAUAAAAACGAAUCCGAAAGUAUUAUGGAAAAUAGAGAAAAUUGCGCAAACACASAGRAGCCCCAAAMGAAUAGYGAAGAAAACCCUUCACAAGACGAACCUCCAAACGAAAACAUUUCAAACACAGAAAAUGAAUCAGAAAAUGAUACAAGAGAUGCAAGCUCAUGUGAGGGGCAAGGAGUUUCWGGCUCAACAGACGSAGAUCACGUGAUUGAGAGACUACACGAUAAAAAUGAGAACAAAAUUAACGAAACAUUGGAACUAAACACGACAGACGUUUURCAUGAUAACUCUACAUUAAAUAAAGACGUUCUGAAAGACAGCAAUGCCUUAAUUGGUAAUGACAUUGAAGCGAAUGAUAAAGACAAUGUUGGUUGA